AUGGAAGAUGGAGAACAAAUUGGUGAACUACAAUUGUACCCGGCUUCAUUGGAUUGUCUUCCAGAUGAUCUUCUUGUCCAAAUCUUGUCAUUCCUUACCACGAAAGAAGCUGCUUCAACCUCUGUUCUCUCCAAGAGGUGGAGAACUCUGUUUGCUCUCAGUCCUAAUCUUGACUUUGACGAUUCCAUCUUUUUACACCCUGAAGAGGGUAAAUGGAAUAGGCCGGACAUUCAAAGGAGUUUCGUGGAUUUUGUGGAUAAAACAUUGGCUUUGCAUGGCGACAACCAUAGUAUAAAGACGUUCUCACUAAAAUUUGAUAAACCAUAUAGAGAUCCCUUUGGGGAUAGCUUUGGCGUGAUGGAUGUUGUAGACCGCUGGAUAUGUAAUGCCCUCGGACACGGUGUCUCUGAGCUUCAUCUGCGUAUUCAAUCAAACGUACACUGUGAUCUCCCAUCAAAAGUCUUCACCAGCACCACACUAGUUAAGCUGUCAUUGGGAACAGAUAUAUACGUCCCAAGUGUUCCUUCCCAUACAUGUCUACCAGCACUAAAGGUUCUCCUCCUUGAAUCAGUUCAAUUUAGGGAUAAUCAACUAUCUGAUGUUGUUGUCGACCUCUAUUUCUCUGGUUAUGCUGGGCACAAAACUUCACGUUAUAAUCUGCAUUCACUUGGUAAGGCUACUCUGGACCUUCAAUUGCCCAAAAAUUACAAGUAUUUGGGGACGGUACUUGGUGAGGAUCUGAUGAAUCUCAUCAGUGGGAUACGCAACCUCAAGACCCUUCACUUGACUUUUUCGGCUGUCGAGGCGAUUUCACUAUACUGCAAAGAUGGAUUACCGGUGUUCAACAACCUCGUUGAGUUAGUGUUUUCGAGUCAGAAACGCGGUUGGAAAGUGCUUCUACCACUUCUGCUAGAGCGUUCUCCAAACCUAGAAACUCUGAUUCUCUCGGGUCUGCAUCGUUACACACUGAGAACAAGUCAAUAUGUUGGGAUUCAAGUUCCCUCGAAUAACCAAAUAAAGAUAUUGCAUAUCAUACAAUAUCAAGGACGACGUGCAAUCGAGCUGUUACACAUUAACCAUUUCUUACUGCAUAUGGAGUGUCUAGAAGUGUUAAAAGUUUACGUUGCAGCUGAAAUGGAUGACUUCAAAAAGAUGCAAGUCAUGGAGGAUAUGUUGAAGCUUCCUGCAGCUUCAUCGAAGCUCAAGAUACAAGUCAAAUAA